AUGCGCCGCCCUGCGUCCCCCGGGGCCGGGGCUCCGCCCCCGCCCCCCGCCCGCGCCGACAACUUGAUUGGGCAAUUAAUCUUCGUGCCCGCGCCCCCGGCCGGCCUUUGUGAGCGCUGCGCGGGCCGCAGGCCCGGCCGGCCGCCCGGUCUGCUCGCGCAGAUAAGGCGCCCGCACCGCCCGCCUUUGUCAGCACCCGAGCGGGCCGCGCCGCCGUCUCGCACCCCGCACAGCCAGGCUGCCCGGGAACAGUUGCAGAGCCAGGUGGCAGGAGCGCUGUCCCUGCCCAUCCAUGCUGAAGAGUAUCCAUGCCACUGGCUCUGGAGAUCCCCUGCCAUCCCUCCACUUGACCGAAUGAAGGGCACUCUCAGGCCCUGGCUGGACUGCCAGUCCCAUGGGCCCCCUGGGGCCCAGCACUUCGCCAGUGCACAGCAGGUCUUCAGCGGAGGGAAGGGAUGGGGUGGCGGUGCGGAGCAGAUGGACUGGGCGUCCGCAGGCUCGGGGUCCCCCGGUCCAGUCCAGGUGGCUCGGGAACUCCCGGCCAGCUGCGGGGGCUUGGGAGGGGACCCCGUUUUCCAUGACAAUGGAUCUGGCUCUGUGGAGCUUCUGGCUCUUUCUGAAAAUCAAAUGAUCAUGAAAGCUCCCCUCCCCUCCUUCCUGGUCUGGCUGGCAGUGGGCCCUGGCCUGGGGGGCAACUGCACAGGCUGCGUCAUCUGCUCAGAGGAGAACGGCUGCUCCACCUGCCAGCAGAGGCUCUUCCUGCUCAUCCGCCGUGAGGGCAUCCGCCAGUACGGCAAGUGCGUGCACGACUGUCCACUCGGCUUCUUCGGCAUCCGCGGCCAGGAGGUCAACAGGUGCAAAAAAUGCGGGGCUACAUGUGACAGCUGCUUCAGCCAGGACUUCUGCAUCCGCUGCAAGAGACGAUUCUUUCUGCACAAGGGGAAGUGUCUGCCCACCUGCCCACCAGGCACCUUGACCCACCAGAGCACCCGGGAGUGCCAGGAGGAAUGUAAGCUGGGAGCCUGGGGCAGCUGGAGCCCCUGCACACAUGACAGGAAGACCUGUGGUGCCACCUGGGGCCUGGAGACCCGCGUACGUGAGGCUGGGCUGGCCGGGCAGGAGGAGGAGGCCACCUGCCAGGUGCAGUCUGAGUCCAGGAAAUGUCCCAUCCAGAGGCCCUGUCCAGGAGAGAGAAAUGCCCGCCAGAAGAAGGGCCGGAAGGACCGGCGCCAGCGCAAGGACAGAAAGCUGGAGCGCAGGCUGGAUGGGAGGUCUCGCCAGCCUGGCCUACAGUGACCACACUCCAUUCUGCUCCCUGCCCCUUGCUCACUGCAAUUGGAGCCUCCCCUUCCUCAACUCCUUCCCUUCUUUUUUCUAUCUGUGCUUCUCUCUUUUCCCCUCACCUUUUCUUCUGUAUCAACCAACAUUUUUAUUUUUCCUCCUAUAUUUUAUUUCCUCCAUUUCCAUUUUCCUCUCCUUUCUCCUUCUUUCCCACUUUCCUUCUACACGUUCUCUUCUUUCUCUUACUCUUUACCUUUCUUCCUUUCUUUAUCUUUCCUCCUUUUCUUUACUUUGUCUCUCUCUCUCUCACCACCUCCCCCCAAUCUGUCUCACAUACAUGCACACACAUACACUUUAGAGAGAUCUUGAGCCUGUGCCUCCUUUGUGGCUCUCUCUGUUCCCCAAAGAAAACAAACAUCUUUUUAUGCAUCUUCCCUGAUCUAUUCUGACUCUACCCUGGCAGAUAAGCUUUUACAAGGGGUGGCACAGGAAUGGCAGGGUGAGUUCCCAGAUCCCUGAACUGGCCUCUGGGAUCUUUGUCCUGUGUCCAGUCCCCAUGGACCAUUUCUUCAGCCACCUGCUUCCCAAGAGCCACCUUGGAAGAGAUUUGGGGACCUCUUAAGGCUCAGCCUGGACACCUUGCCCCUGUGGGCAAUGGGCCAGCUAUGGUAGGGCCCCAGGGCUGCCAGGUCCAUCCUCCCCAGCCUCCCGUACCUGCUUCCUUCUCACAAUUCCAUACCUUAUCUUCCCAGGUUGACCUAGGGAAGCUUCCAAACUUGGGGAACUGAAUGCUAUUUCAAGUGGGGCUGUUAUCCCCAGGGAGUAAAUGGCUCAUCCCAGAAGAGGCUACUGAAGCUGCCAAGCCACUCUAUUCUCCACCCUGACACAUCCUGCCCAUUUUACUUAUGGUGAAACUGAGGCCUGGGAAGGAAGGGACUCAUCAAGUUCACACAGGGCUUUUGCCUGGUGGCUGCCCUACUCAGAACAUCCAAACUAAGAGGAAAUGGUGAGGAUCUCUCAGGGAGGGGAUGAAGGACAUGCAGAGGGGUCAGGAGUGAGAGGGGGCAUCUACUCACCAGCACCUGCUAUUCCACCUCAAAAGGGCCCUUCUUUCUCUGCUCUGGGAUCCCAGAAAGGUGCAUUUGGCUCCUGUUCCUUUAGAAGAAGGAAUGGACAGAAGAGAGUCUGAACCUUGAGGGCCCAAGGGCCUGAGGGCUGGGUGGGGACAGAGGUGGCUCAGGACUUGGGUGAAGCCCAAGGUGAUGGAAAAUCACCUCCCCUACCCCAAGGCAGUGACCCUUGAACUCAGCCUGCAUCUUUCAAGUUGGAGUUACCAGCACUGGUCCAGUAAGGCCCAUCUUUUCCCUUUCCCACCAGUUCCCAAGAAUAGCUCAAGCCUUCCUUGCUUGGCCAGGCCUCCAGCUUCUCUUUGGCAAAACUGUAUGUCUCUGAAAUGUUCUAAGGGUUUUUCAAGCCCCAAACUCUUUUUUUUUAAAAUAAAGGGAAAAGAAACAAGAAACUCGCAAAUGCUUCUUGGGCAUUAAGAGGGUGUUACAAAACCAUGAUGCUAAUAAGUUUGGAGUAGCAGAAUCUAAACCAUGUGGGGCAGUUUCCACUGGAAUGCUCUGCAAAAAGCAGUUAAGGUAUGUGCAGAAUGAGCUGGGUUUUAACUAGGGGGCUGAAAAAGAUGGCCCUCCCCUCUCAGGCCCCUCAAGAAUGGGACUUACCCAGAAGCAGAAGAGGGCAGCGUUGUACCUCUCAGCACCCUCCGCCUCUUGAAUCACAGAAAUGGCAUGGGAGGCCUAUCUAUGAUUGUUGUGGCUUGUCUGAGGGGCCAGGUCCCAUAGGAGGUACACAAUACCAUGUAGCUAUCAGAAGGAACACCUGGGUGGCUGGCAGGUGGUCUCAGCCUUGGCACAGGUGUGAGUCCCAGCCUCCCACCUGCCAGCAGUGGAGUCCAGACCAGUGAUUUCCCCUUUCUGGGCCUCAGUCUCCUCAUUGGAUGGAUGAAGAAGAAGCAAGGCUGGAUUAAAUGCAUUGCCCACAUCUGGGACACCCAACAGUAAACUCUGGGAGAUUUAAAAAAAUAAUUCAUAUUCAGGCCUCCACCCAGACCUACUAACUGUGAGCAUAUUGAGAAACAGGCAGUGAAAGCAAACUUGAUCAUUCCAGGACAAGCUGGGCUGGACUCAGGGUGUCUCCUGGAUAACUUCAGCCCUGGAGUGCCAGGGUCCAGAUUUGAGGGCUGCAACUGAAAUAGUAAAUUCAGUACAAACUAAGCUCCUUUGUCUCAUAAAUUUGAAGAAUGAAAUCAGGGACAAAAAGAGGAAUUUAGGAGAGUAUUGGAAAUAAGAAGGGAAAUUGCUCCUGUCUACAGGUGGGGGUUGUGGAAAUGGAAUUUCAAAUUGUCUUCUUUGUCCUGUUCUUAUAUGAAUAAACAAAGCACAGGCAAAGUCAGUUACUCAGCAACUAGAGACUUUUUAGAAAAAUGGCUAUUUUGCAUUUUGUGUUCCUAGAAGUCCAGUUUGGAUGUAGGGAGGGUCUGUCCAGCUGACUUAGCCCACUCUGCAUAGGAAGCUUCUUCCUUAUAGGAAGGUCCUUCUUUGUUCUCUCAUCCUGUUAUCCUUCUUCUUGUGUUUGCCUUUGCAUUACUAAGGUGAAAAUGAAUUGAAAUAGCUCUGUACUUAGUGUGUUCUAUUUUCUUUUUUUGGGAGGGGGGUACCAGGGAUCGAACACAGGACCUUGCGCUUCUGAGGCAGGCUCCUGAACCACUGAACUAAAUCCCUGGCCCUGUGCUAUUUUCUUUUAUCCAGCCAACUCUGUCUUAGGCUGCCCUCCUUUCCCACCCAGCAUCUCCUGCCUUCCUGGAAAGGAGCUCUCAGAUGUCAGGUGGUCAUUUCCUAAUCGCCUCCUCUGGGCCAAGUUUGGAGAAUUCAGGAGAAGCUCUCAAAUAGCUGGGGUCACACAACUAAAGAGGGAAGUUAGGGAGAGGCCCAGAGGCUCCUGGGUCCCUCUGGCCACUCUGGCCACUUUUAAAAUGGAAGAGAACAGCAGCUGGGACCCUGGAUCUCAAGGAUCUCUGUCAGCUACCUCUUGCUCCUCCCUGCAUUCCUUUCCAAUUGGGCCCUUGCAGAUUCCCAACCCUGUGUCACUGCGUUCUUGCCGGUAUUUCCCACACUCUGCCACCAGAGGGAGCUAAUCGACCAGGAACUCGGCAGUGGCCAGGCCAGCAGGGGGCCUGUCUCCGUCCUUCUGGAGGGCCUUGAGAGGCAGUUUCCUGUUUCUGACUGAACAGAGACUGUUGCCACGAUAACUUCAGCAAAAAAAAAAAAAAGAAUGUUGGGUGCCCAGGCCCUUUCUGCACAGAGUGGGAACCUGACUCAGAGGACUGAAGCACAGUGUCCCAGGAAAGUCGCCAUGACGUCUUGUCAAGACAUCCUGCCCCAGGUGAUGAGGGUCACAAUUCUGUAUUUCAACUUACAGAAAGCAUCAUUCAUCCUAUGUGAUCCUUCCGACUUGGAAAUGUGCAUUCUGUUAACAAUAAAAAA